CUUUGAUUUGCCUCAUUUUAACCGCAAAAUUAACACUCUUCACUCCAACUUUUUCAGACAAUGCUCAAGUAUCAAGUGAGACCCACUAUUCACGCAUCAAUCUAUGACAGCCCUUCUUCUUCAACCAACGACACUACACUGACAAGCAGAAGCAGCUCGCUGGCAUCGCUGGGUUCGGUGGACAGCGCGAAUUCCGAAAGUGACUGGGGAACGCUGAGAGUGUACACAAAUAAUGUGAAGGCCUGUACAGACUACAAGACGAUUCGAGUCUCUACACAGAGCACGACACGAUCCGUGAUCGAAACCGUUCUCGACAAAUUCAAGAUUUCGUGCAGGGACACGAAUCUGUUUGAGUUAUGGAUGGAGGUUACUACCAGAGCCAAUGGUAAAGCUGUGAAGACAAUUCUGAGGCUGGAUCGCUCAGCCAGACCGCUCGAAUUGCAAAGGUGUCAUCCGUCAAAUAUGUCAAAGUUUAUGCUUCAUAUGAAUUCCGAAGGGGCGCUUGUCAGAGUACACGAUCAUAACAUUUCCCCUCAGUCGAAUUACAAGUCGCUGUUACUGGCCGAAGAAACCACAUGUCGUGAGGUAGUUGACAUUCUGCUGUGUAUGAACAGAAAGGAGCCAGAUGGAGACUAUGCACUGUUUGUCACAGCACCUGAAGGCGAGGCACAGAUUCCAUCUGAGGUGCCACUUGUGCCAAUUGCUCUUAUGUGUCGACCGUAUCACAAGAUUGUUAUUCGGCAGGUUGAUACGCUCUAAAUUCCCACAAACUCCUUGAUGUGGAAUCUUGGCAUUGCUCUUAUUUUGGGAAAAUACGUACGGCAUAACAGAUGCACAAGUCGCACGAAUUUAUAUAACACUGGCACGAAAUUUAUCCUGACAACGGGAAACAUAGUAUCUACGUUGAUAAAUGCAUGGAAAUCACUUAUCAAUUGCCAGCUGUAAAUUUUUAAUAUUUUGUAAUCCGCAUCCUGUGAUGUCAACGAGUAUUCUGCUUAUUGCUAAUAAAGUAUAAUUUUUUGA